GCAUGCAUUUGCACAAUGUCUCUAGCUUCUGAUCCUUUACUCCAAGCUACUUCAAACAUGUCUACCAAAAAAAACUUCACCUUGAAAGAAAAAACCCUUAUCGGAGUCGGAAACCUGAUCAAGCUUCUCCCUAGUGGCACAGUCUUCAUCUACCAGUUUCUCAACCCUGUUGUCACCAACAAUGGCCAAUGCCAGAGUGUCAUGAACAAAUAUUUAUCCGGAGUCCUUAUCGGACUUUGUGCCCUUUCGUGUUGUUUUGCAUCGUUCACCGAUAGCUACACUGAUUCUAAAGGAGAUACUCAUUAUGGUUUGGUGACAAAAUACGGGUUGUGGCCUAAAGGGGAUGCGGAUGAGGAUUUGUCGAAGUAUAAGCUGAGAAUUGGAGAUUUCGUUCAUGCUUUCUUCGCGUUGGAUGUGUUUCUUGUUUUGUCUUUGUUGGAUCCGAAUACUGUCAAGUGUUUCUAUCCUUCUUUUGAGUCUACUCAGAAGGUUUUGCUGAUGGUGGUGCCACCGGUUCUUGGGACAAUUGCUGGUACUGUGUUUGUGGUUUUUCCGAAUACUCGACAUGGGAUAGGGUACCCUACAAGCAACAAUGACGACUCCAGUUCAUCACAAGAAGACUAAUUGUUUUAAUGCACGUAUGCAUGGCUUAUGAGUGUUUGUAAAUCAUCUGCAUAAAAUCAAGUUCAGUAAUUCUUGCAUGAGUUUGCAUUUGUAUGUUAUGUGCAAUAAUGAAUUUACUGCAAGAGAAUAGGGCGGUACUUCUCAGUUAUCUGAAUAUUUUUUUAAUUGUGUAAGAACUUGUGAUUAAUCAAUCUUUUAAAUUUA